GACCUCGACCUCACGGUCAACGGAACAACCUCAAGCACAAAUUACCAAAUGGCCAACCCGUUGAAGCCUUGGACGAAGGUCCCCCAGAAGCGCUAUCGCCUCAUCGACGCCCAACUGAUCGACCCCAAAGAUGGCUCCCUCCACUCCCACGUAACAAUCGACAUAAAAGACGGCCUAAUCCACCGCAUGACAAAACUAAACUCCAGCCCCACAAGCCCCAACGACGAAGUCUUCAAAUGGACCGCCAACGAAGAAAUCACAAUCAUCAACCUCCAAGGCCGCUACAUUUGUCCCGGCCUCAUAGACUGCCACGUCCACCUCGCAACUCCCCCAGGCGAAGAUGGUCUCAAAGACACAAUGACUCAACAUGCCGAGACCGCCUUACUAAGACAACCAUAUCUAGCCCGAGAAAUUCUCAAACGAGGUUUCACCACCGUACGCGAUUGUGGAGGAGCGGGUCUGGCGUUGAAAGAAGCUUUGGCCGAAGGACUUUAUCCUGGUCCACGAUUAUUCAUCGCAGGACAUGGGAUUUCGCAGACGGGUGGGCAUGGGGAUAUGCGGAGUUCCAAAGAUGAGGAGUAUGCGUGCUGUGGCGGGAAUACUCGAGGUUUGGGUCGAAUAGCAGAUGGUGUGGAGCAAUGUCUUCACGCAGCUCGUGAGGAGCUGCGACAGGGCGCCGAUUUUCUAAAAAUUAUGCUAUCUGGAGGGGUGGUGUCUCCGACUGACAAGCUGACAAAUCUGCAAUAUACGCCGGAGGAAAUCCGAGCGUUUACAAAAGUGGCGAGUGAUUCCGGGACUUGGGCGACAGCACAUGCGUACACUCCAGCUGCGAUUCGCAAUGCGGUCGAGAAUGGAGUGCUUGGCAUCGAACAUGGCAACCUGGUCGAUGAACCAACAGCCGAGCUGAUGGCCAAGAACAACGUCUUCUUGACACCGACGCUCAUCACGUACCAAACCAUGGCGAGCAAAGAGUUCGGCAACUUCCUUCCCCCUUCAAUAGCCGCCAAGAAUCUCCAAGUCCUGGAAGCUGGUCUGCGGAGCGUCCAGAUAGCAGACAAGGCCGGGGUGACCAUGUGCUACGGCACUGAUCUGCUAGGGCCGCUCGAAGUUAUGCAAGCCAGUGAAUUCUCUUUACGGAAGCAAGCUGGCUUGUCGAAUCUCAAGAUCCUGCAAUCCGCGACUGUCAAUGCUGCCCGAAUGCUCCGGCAAGAGGAUAAGCUCGGGCGCAUCAAGGAGGGGACCAUCGCGGAUCUGAUAAUCCUGAACGCCAAUCCACUUGAAGACAUCGAGGUCUUGGCGCGGCCGCAAAAGCAUUUGUUGGCCGUAAUCAAAGACGGCAGAGUGCUCCACAGCAAGUGGUCCAAGCUGUUCCCAGACACGGAGCAGAAUCCUGUGCUCGAAUGA